GCACAAUGUGCUAUCAAAACAAAAACAAACCCAAACGCAUGUUUUAACUAAAAGCUUGCUUAGAAAAUGGUAAGAAAACGUAAGAUUCCUGCCCGGAAGCAUCAUGGAGUGCGGGACCCGCUAAAGCAGUUGGAGGAGAAGGAAAAAAAGUUGAAACAUUUCGUAAAUAGCCCACCUACAAAGGAUAAUGACCAGCAGAUCACCUACAAACUCAAGCAGUUUAAAAAGUUAACAGAUGAUGUAAAAUGUGGAAAAAAAUUAAAACGCAUCCACAUUGGGGUCGAGGAUAAGCCAAAAGAAGAUAAAUGCAAGAAGGAUAAUAAAAAGGAUGGAAAUAAAUUUAAAAGCAUAAAACAGAUGCCCGGCGAAGAAGACGUGGACUACUUGAGGCGAGUGAAUCGCAUAACGACAGCUAGCUUGAAAGAAGCGCAGUAUGAAGUCAAGUAUGGAGUUAAAGUUAUUAGAGAUACCAAGACUGGUGCAAUCUCUAUAAAAAAGAAACCAACCAAUGAAAUUGAUGAAUUGCUGAAGCAAAAACGAAAUGGGAAAGGGGGUGGCAAAGUGAGUAAGAAAACUCAACAGAAGGACAUAAAACCUCUGGAUCCCAAAUUAGCAAAAGAACUUAUAAAACAGGCUAUAUAUGAAGAUGAGGAGGAAAAGAAGAUGGAAAAAUCCAAAAAUUUAUUGGAAUAUCAAAAAGAUGUUGUAAAAUUUGGUGAAAUUGUUCAUGCCCCACCAGCACUUUUAACAUUGCCAAGAAAAGCAGAAAAAAAUGAAACAGUGCCAAGGCCUGGAAAGAAAAACAACUUAUUGCUGAAGUCAAUGUUUCGUCCUGAGGAGAAUUCUAAACCAUUGCCAAGCACGAAAAAAUCCACCAGCUCCAGCGAGGUAACAAGGCAAGCAAUGAAGGGAAAACGAAAAGAUCUGCCUAAGCACACAAGAAAUAUGUUGGAAAAUGAACGUCAAAAACUCGUAGACCUUUACAGAAAUUUAAAGAAAUCAAAAGGCAUUUUCGCUGACAAAAGUUCAUUGUGAAUCCAGGGGAUACAGCGUCGAUCAUAAUAAAACCUUUGCGUUAGUCUGCUUUUAUAUAGUAGUUUUUAUUGCGUACAACUAAGAAAAUAACAAAAACAUCAGAUCUAAAUAAAAUAUUUUGCCAAUA